CUCUCACUUUUGUUCUGGCUGCUGCCUUGAACUGUUGCCCCUGUGCCAUGUGACCCUGCCUUGGAGCCAGCUGAUUAUGGACUGACACCUACACUUGAAGUCUGGUGUACCCUUAUCAGAGAGAGUGAGUGGGAGGAGUAUCUACUAAAAGCUUCAAAGCUUGCUGAGCUUGGCCAGUCUGCAGAGAAGGGCUGCCUGUGUUAGAGUCCUCAGAAGCUUAGGCUGAAGAGAAGCUCACAGAUUAAUAUCAGAGAUACUUGAGACCUGGACAGUCUGCCUGUGACACUAUUUGAGCCCCAGAAAGGCACUGGAGCUUCCAAAGUGUUCAACAGGGUUAAGACUCUGCUAGACCAGCAGUUGAAGUGAGAAUCAGCACAGCUGAAUCACAAGGCUAGAGACGCCAUUAUCCACACAGCAGAGGCCAACGUUAACAUCAAAGGUAUAUGAGACCAGGGAAGUCUGCCUGCGGUGCCAGUUGAGCCCUAGAAAGUCUGUGCAGCCACAUAAGUACUCAGCAGGGUGCAGGCUCUGUUGGAGUGAGAAUUAACUGAGUGGGAUCUCAGGGCCUGACGCACUACAGUCCAGGUUACAGAGGCUAUUUCCAGUAUUGUUCAAUUGAAACAACGUAUUCAAGCAUCCUCAGGAAAUCGUGGUGGAGUAGAACGGGUCACACAAGCCACAAACUCUUUAUAGUUCUAAAAUAAAGAGGUUUUGUUAAGAAUUGUUUCUGGUAGAACAAGUUUUUGCCGUAUUACAGACAGACAGACAGCCACCUAAAUUUAUGAUAGUAGCAGCUAAACACACAAACAUAAAAUAAAAUGAAUCCUGAGUAUGUCUUAUGCAAUUGGAAAGACCAGGUGUGGCCAGCAAAAGUUUUAUCUAGAUCUAAAACUUCAUCAAGAGGUAAGAGAAAAAGUACAUCCUCCCUGGAAGUUCAAAUACUCUCACUAGAUGAAACAGUUAAGGUGAAAAGCACAGAAACAAAGACCCUAAAUAAAUCAGAAAUUGAAGCCAUUGUUUCGUCACUAGCAGUACAGUCAGAGGUCAGUGAUGUACAUAGAGAGGACACACCUUAUGGAAGAGCGCUAAAAGAGGCACUGCAUAUCCUGGAUAAGAGAGCAAUUUUGAGUCAAGCAAGCAUUACAGAUGAAGGAGAAACUUCUAUACACACUGAAAAUGUAGGGCAAGAGCUCUCGGAUAUACCACCUUGUAAAAGGUAUCAGAAGCAUGAAGAGUGUUUUGAAGAAAAUGAAGACCAAACACCCCCAUUACUGUCUUCAGAGAGUGAUGUUUCCCUGACUGAUGAUGAAGUAGAGGUGCAUCCAACUGUUGAUACUGUACAAAAUGAAGAAGAAAUACAGUCACCAGAAAACUUCACAAGUUACCAGGCUUCCCCUUUGCUUUCAGAAGAUAAUGAUAAAAAAGAGGACAAGAUAAAGAUCUCAACAUUUAUGUCUGCAGAUUCUACAGUGAAAGGGGAGAGUGAGUUAGUGGAAGAUGAGAAGUGUGUUGCAUCUUCAUCAUCAAAAGAUGAAAAGUGUGUUCAAUCUUCAUUAUCAAAAGAUGAAAACUGUGUUCCAUCUUCUUCAUCAGAUAUCCUUACUGCAUCUAAAGGUUUGAAAGAGGACACACAAGACACCUGCCCAGACAUUCUGCCUGUUUCUUCUGAAUGCCCUACAUUUUCAGAGACUAUUGAAGACCCUGAAGAGGGUCCCUCAAAUCCAAAUCCACGCUUAGACGUAAGUCAGGGUCAAUCUCCUGUGGAAUCAGAGGUGGGUGCUGAGACAUCUUCUCCAAGCUGUUCAUGGCAAAACCAGGCUGCAUUUAGUUCCACUAGGCCUGUCCUAGAUUACUCACUUCUUGUGAACAGUGAAAGAUAUCUUCAGAGACUGGAUAUUGAGGAAUUUGAGGAAGAUGCUCUAGCUUCUGAUAAGUCACUGCGUCUAAAUGCUGCUAGUCUGUCUGCAUUAGAUGAUGAUGAGGAAGAUGAAGAACUUCCACGCUUUAUUUUUCAGUAUGAGCCACGUUCAUUUGAAGCAGGAAUGAUAGUCUGGUUUAAAUAUAAAAAAUAUCCAUUUUGGCCAGCAGUGGUAAAAAGCAUUAGACGAAAGGAGAAGAAAGCAAGUGUGCUUUUUGUUGAGGCCAAUAUGAAUCCUGAAAAGAAAGGCAUUAGAGUACCUUUACGAAGCUUAAAAAAAUUUGAUUGUAAGGAAAAGCAAGAGCUAGUGGAUAAAGCCAGGGAGGAGUACAAUGAGAGUAUUGACUGGUGCAUCUCACUGAUUUGUGACUACAGGGUUCGAAUAGGUUGUGGCUCAUUUUCAGGUUCUUUUCUUGAGUACUAUGCUGCUGACAUUAGUUGUCCAAUGAGGAAAGCAAUCCAGCGUGAUACUUUUAGGAAUAUGUUUCCAAAGCUGCCUAAUGAAGAUACUGUGGAGCAAAUGGUUGUGACUUCCCAGUCCAAGAAAAGGUCCUUCCAGAAAAUUCUCCCUGAUAGGAUGAAGGCUGCUCGGGACCGAGCCAACAGAAAUCUAGUGGACUACAUUGUGAAUGCAAAGGGCACAGAUAGUCAUCUUGUGGCCAUUUUAAAACGCAGAAAAGAAUCCAGAUGGCUGAAGUCAUUUUUACAUCAAAGCACAAUCAUGCCCUGUAUUGAAACAUAUAUUGAGGAUGAAGAUCAGCUAGAUGAAAUAGUUAGAUACUUGCAAGUACUCUAUGACCACAUAGACAAGAAGUUGCAAACACUUAUAAGAGAUGACAAAAUUAAUUUUAUACUGCAAGUUCUUCUGCCAGAAGCAGUUAUUUGUUCAAUUUCUGCUGUUGAUGGAUUAGAUUAUGAGACAGCUGAAGCAAAGUAUCUAAAAGGACCAUCUCUAGGUUGUAGGGAAAGAGAAUUAUUUGAUGCGAAGAUCUUAGUUGGAAAGAGACGGAAACGUUAACCAAUGAAGCUUAUUAUACAUCCCUAGUCAAAACCGUAACAGGAAGCUUUCCAUGAUACUAGUAUUAAAUAAUCUGUAGCAGUUCUCACUAACGUGUAACUGUACCUGACAAUGGGAGACUUUAGCUAAUGCUUUCUCCUGCUUUUAAUGAUGUGUAGGACCUGCAGAUAGCACUACAUUUUUAUUUGCUUGUGCUUCUUCAGAGACAAUUUUGCUAAAAUAUUUCAGCAGUCUUACUUUAUCAUACGUUUCUAGAAUGCAGAAUUCUAAAUAAUUUUUAACGGAGAGUACUAUUUUGUUUUAUGAUAUUUUUUGUGUCUGUGCUAAAUAGCUGAAUAUAGUGAGCACAAUCAUUUUAAUACUGAAAUUGCACUGGUAUUGAAUUUUAAGCAAGAUAAUUAGAAAAGAAGUCUAAAAGAAAUGCAAGUAUAUAUUUUUGCUUACUUUUAUAAAAUACUGAGAUUUCUCUUAAGAUAGUAGAAUUAUUUUUCCUGCCAUGCCUAUUUAUUUUUGCAAAAAAUUAUCUGAGACAUAGAACCAAAGAUAGAUAAGCUUUGCUGUAUAACUAAACAUAACUGCUUUUGCAAGAAAACAAUUUAAAGUUCAAAAGUAAGGCAAGUGGAUUAACUGCAUGCAGUCUAUAUUUUUGUGAAUAACAUCUCAGCAUGCAGACAGUAAUUUUGGUAGUCUUCAACAGAAUUGUUUAUUCUAUACUUCCCUGAAAUUGCAUUUUGGGGAGGAGUGUCUAUUCUCUAAGGGCUAAACAGUUUCUUAAUAGAGACAGAAUUCUUUUUGGCUAUCUUCAUAACUACCAGUGAGUGUAUCUUCUUAAUUCAGCUGUCUGACAAAAUACAGAGGGCAGAGACAGUCAUUGUAUUUUUGGUCUUUCCAUUUUAUAGGUGUGGCCCACUGCUAACGAGGCAGUCUAGUUUUACAGAAACUGUAGUAAAUAGAAGCAUUAUAUUAUGUCUUAUCUCUUUAUAUGUAGUCAUUUGUUUCAAAAGAAGGAUGCUUUAGUGUUUGGGUUACUUGUAGAAUAGUUGCAAUUGUUUCUGGUAAGGUAAAUGAAAACUGAUAAGUCAUUCCAAACUACUAGAUAGAGUAUGGACCAGAAUCUGGGAAUUUGGAUGUCUGUCACAAGAAGAAGCUCUAUUUUCUAAUUAUGACAAUUAUUGCUAUGUGGUUAAAUAUGCAGAAUUAAAAGCUAAAACAAAUGACUUGUUUAUGGUAACUUGAAAUGCAAUUUUUGUGAGACUAAAUCUUAGAAAAACUGUUUACUUUUGAAAUGUGAUGUGAACAGAAGUGCUAAAGGCUUAACAAAAAUUUGUCUGCAUAAUUACCUCUUAGAGUGAAAUAGCUGUAACUCCCGAGCUUUUGUUAUAUGUCUACAUAGCAAUGUAUUCAUGUAAAAUUUCAAAAGUGUGUUAUCUUGACUUACAGUAAAGCCAUUAUAUACUUCACUUUGGAUAUUCUCUUCAUCUUGUAAUUGUUAUCAUUUUAAUAGUUGUUAUAAGUUUUCAUUCUAAAUAAAUAUUCACUUUCGUGCUUACA